CUAGAAAUAAAAAUGGACAAAACACAAGGCUUCAAGAGGGAUAUGGAUGAUAACAAAAAUGAGAUCAGGACAUUUGUCUUCUCUCAAUUACCCGAACAAGAGAAGGAUAAAUUCAUGGAAUUCAUGAUAAAUAAUAAUGUAGAAUUCGUCCAGGAUUCUGACAGCAAUUAUAUUGCAACUAUUUGAAUCCGAAUCAAUAACGAUCAGAACAAUGAGAAUAAGAAGUCUGAUGAAGGCAAUACUCUCGAAAAACCUGAAGAGCGAGAUAAUACAAGAACCCCUCCUGUUAGCAGAAACCAGAUACUAAAGGAUAAAUAACUCAGAUUUUUCUAAGUCUGAGAGAUUGAAGGUUUCUCCAUACUCAGCUAAACCUUCAGUAAACAAAGCUCAGAAGAAUUACCACAAGAGUUCUAAGAGUCCUAGUACACCUGGGUAUUCCAAGCAGACACUCCCUCAAUCUGUUGAGCCAACAAAGCAAAAGAGAACACCAAGAAGGAAAGUAGCUGAGAAUGAAAUGGAAUAUGAAGCAAUACUUUCUUUAUCAGGCAAGCCAGCCGGGAUUCGUCCCAAAAGAAUGAAUAUUUCAAGUACAAUUAUCUGAAUGGAGGAUCUUUACACUGCUAGAUUUAUCAGAGACACUUCUUACUUUAAAGCCCAGCUAAAGAAAGGAAAUAGUGAGGAAAUUUCUGAUAAGCCCUUUCCUAAUUUCAUCUACGAAUUUUAUAAAAAGAAACACAAAGCGAACAAGAAGUUGGUACAGCAGAAUAUCCAAGAUCUUAUAUGCAGUAUAGAGCUGCACAGGAGGGCCUCACAAGAGGCAGAUCUCUUCGCUAGCUUUCUGUCACAGAAGUAUGACGCCAGAGAUCUUGUAUUCUUCCUGUACACUAGAUGUCUGCUAGAGAAGGAAAUCGGAGUGAAGUUCUCUGCUUUUGGAAAAGUCAAUCCCAUCAAGGUCACAGAUCCAAGAAAUGUCAGCUUAAGUAUGAAAACAUGUAAGAAAAUCGCUCAGAUUUUCUUCGAAGAGGAUGAAAAUGAGCUCAAGAACUUCUUAAAUGCUGUGCAGGGUAAGAUAGAUGAAAAUUAUGAUCAAAAUGGAACAAAAAGGAUCCAAUGUGUUGCAUUUCUAAUUUUGCUUCUCGAUGAAUUCCAUAUCUCCAAGAACACCAACUCCAGCAUGCACAAAUCUGUUGGAAUAAUGGAUAAUCCAUUUGAAGAUAAUGAAGAUGAGGAGAAAUAUGAUGAGCUUGUAGAAGAGAAAUAUGAGGAUGAGUAUGCCCCUGAUCCUCAAUUCCAACCACCUCCUCUCCCACCUGAUGAUUCGAUUCCUGAGGAUAGUAAGGAGGAAAGUAAUAUCCUUGAAAAACAGCCUGACCCAGAGAUAGAUGAACUCAAGGCUGAAAUAUUGAACCAUAUCCAAGACAACAGGAUUUCUCAGUUGAUUUCAUACAUGCUCAAGACUGUUGUCUCCAGAUAUGAAGAACCAAUGGAGGAAGAAAUGAUGUCAAUGCUUGAAAGUGAAAUUAAAGAAGCACUUUUUUAGCAAAAUUUCAGAUUUAAUCAACUCAUUAUUCAAUGACAGCCUUGAAGAAUGGCUGGAGCUGUUGAUGAUUCAUGAGCCGAAUGAAACUCAGCUCAAUUAUUAUGAAAAAUGUAGAGAUGAAAUCCUUCAGACAAGUCAACUCGGAGACCAACUAACACUUGAUAAUAUAGACGAUAUAGCAAAAAUGGUUCUCCAAACCACAGAGCUGAAGCAGGAGCUUGCAAAGUUGAUAAACACCCUAGUGAGCCAGGUUCAGGAAGGAGAUUAGAUAUGAUUAUCAAACUUUACUAUAUUCAAUUUCUUUA